AUGGCGGAGUCGGCUGUUAGCGCUGUGCUGGGGAGCGCGGGUAAUCUUGCAGUCCAGGAGACUAUAUUUUUGUGUGGAGUCACCCUUGAAGUGGGGCUAUUGAAAGAUGAGCUGAUGCGGAUUCAGGCCUACCUCAAAGAUGCUGACAACAAAUGGAGAUUAGGAAAUGCUAGAGUUGCUAUCUUGGUCACCCAGAUCAGGGCUGCGGCAUACGAGGCUCAGAAUGUCAUCGAAGAAGCUGAUUACAUGGAGAAGAGAAACAGGAUCAAAAAGGGGUUCAUAGGUGCCAUUUCAAGGUAUGCUCGCUUACCGACCGACUUGAUUACCCUCCAUAAAAUUGGUGCUGACAUUCAGCGGGUAAGAAGGAAGCUCAGCGAGAUCUUUGCGAGUGCAGAAAAUCUGAAAAUUGAUUUGGAUAAUACUGGUGUGGUUGAUUAUGAGUUUCCACAAGAUAAUGGUCUUAUGAACCAGAACUCUGAAGAUGAUGUUGUCAUGGUUGGUUUUGAGGAUGAGCACAAAGAAAUAGUGGAUAAGUUAGUUAGCGGUGACAACAUGCUUACUGCAGUCUCAAUAGUUGCCAUGGGUGGGGCGGGAAAAACAACACUCGCUAGAAAAGUCUACACUUCAUCCACGGUCAGGAAACACUUUGAGGCAAUUGCUUGGGUGACCUUAUCCCAAAAGUUCAAGGGCAUUGAUUUACUGAAUAAUAUUAUGAAACAAAUAAUAGGAACCACAGAUGAGUCUAGUGACAUCGAUGUAACGCAGGAGUACGAGGUGGGAAAGAAGAUCCAUGAUUUUCUGUUGCAUAAAAGAUACUUCGUAGUUCUUGAUGACGUGUGGGAAACAGAUACAUGGGAGCAAAUAAGUAGAAUGGUUAAUGUUUUUCCAGAUGCAACUACUGGAAGUAGAAUUUUGUUAACCACAAGAAAGAAAGAUGUUGCGAAUCAUAUUCAAAUGCAGACUCAUGUUCAUGUUCUAAAGCACUUGGAUGAUGAGAAAAGCUGGGAACUUUUUAGUAGCAGAGCGUUACCAUCAUACAAAAGGUCCUCCAUAUGUGACGUCAAAGAGGUUGAAGAAUUAGGGAGAAAGCUUGCAAAGAAAUGUAAUGGAUUACCACUGGCCCUUGCAGUUCUGGGGGCUUAUCUAUCAAAGAAUCUAAAUUCAGAAGCAUGGUCUGAUAUGCUUUUGGAUUGGUCAUCAACCAAAAAUGGACAGAUGAUGCGAGCCAUAAUAGCUCGCAGUUACAAAGACCUCCCAAGUCAUUAUUUCAGAUCUUGUUUCCUCUAUUUUGCCGCUUUUUGUGAGGAUUCUGAAAUAGAUGUCUCAGACCUUAUUGAAAUAUGGAUAGCAGAAAGUUUGAUUCCGCAUAUGUUAAAGCAUACACCAGAACAAACAGCACGCAAGUAUGUGACUGAGUUGGCUCAAAGAAGCUUGGUCCAAGUUGUUUCCAGAAGCAGGGCACACGGCUGGAUUGAAACAAUAAGAAUUCAUGAUAUUCUACGUGACUGGUGUGUAGAAGAAGCAAGACAAGAUGGUUUUCUUAAUGCCAUUGACAAUACAACAAGAGUUGGCGCCUCAUCAUCUGAUACCAUGAUAUCUUAUCGUUAUUCUUUUCAAAACAUUACUGGUCAGAUAUUGCAAGCAACACCUAAUGCCCAAACUCUUGUUGGUUUUAGACUCUCGUCAGUGUCCCUGCCUAAGCUCAGAUUUCUGAGAGUAAUUCACAUUGAAAACUCGGACCUAAAGGAUUUCUGUGCAAUUGAUGGGUUCAUUCACCUAAGAUAUCUUAGGUUGAGAGCAUGUAGGCAUGUGGCACUUCCUACUUCAAUUGGAAAACUCCUUAACUUGGAAAAUUUAGAUUUAAGAAACACAUAUCUGAAGGAAGCAGUACCGAUGUCCCUCUGGCAUAUCUCUACUUUAAGGCAUGUUUACCUCAGUAACGUGUUCCCUCCACCAAGUAAUGUGCAGCAAAAAGAGUUGAUGACCUUAUGGUUAGAUCUUGGAUCUAUUGGAACUAAAUAUUUCGGGAAUGGCAUGGUGAAUUUUGUUGGCCAAAUGACUCAAUUGACAACCCUCUUCUUGUGCAUGAGCCUAGUCCCUGCAGAGAUGAUAAAUAUAUUUGUCAACAUGCCUCGACUAGUAGAUAUUUACCUCACCAGAUUCAGUGUGCUUGGUAAGUUGCCCGAGAGCCAUCACUUCCCACAAAGCCUACGACGUCUCCAUCUAUCUGCUGAUGUCAUUAACCAAGACCCAAUGCCGAUCCUGGAGAAGCUUCCCUUUCUUGUGGUGCUCAUUUUGAGAGGUUAUGAAGGUCGUACUAUGUCUUGCUCUGCCCAAGGCUUUCCUCGUCUACAAGAGUUAAAGCUUCGUAGUUUUUCCAUGGAGGAGUGGAGGAUGGAACUAGGGACAAUGCCAAAACUCUCUCACCUUGAACUUUGGUGGUGUCAAAAGAUAAGCGAGCUACCGGAGGGGUUGCUGCACCUUUCGUCCCUCAGUGUCCUGAAACUAUACGACGCAUCCCUGAUCUCUGAAGAUGACAACACACUGAAGGAGCUGCGGCGGAAAGCAUGUGGGACGUUGUUGAUGGAAAACUCUUAUGGUGAUUAUGCAUGCUGCUUAGUUUACGAGCAGUUGACAUGUCUUGGUAUUAUUUCCUAA